GUUCCGGAUGCGGCAGGUGAACGUGGUGGGCCCCAGCCCGCUCAGCCAGCCCUCCCGCGUCAUCCAGACGCUGCAGGCUCCACCAGAUGUUGCCCCCGGGAGCGUCACCGUGCGCACGGCCAGCGAGACCAGCCUGUGGCUAAGGUGGGGGGGGGGCCGGCCCCUGCCCGACACGCAGUAUAACGGCAAUCCGGAGUCAGUGGGGUACAAGAUAAAGUUCUGGCGUGUGGAUCUGCAGUCUCCCACCUUGAUGAAGGUUAUUAAUGACCGGUUGGAAAGAGAGUACACGAUCGAAGACCUGGAGGAGUGGACAGAGUAUGAACUGCAGAUCCAGGCUUUCAAUGCCAUCGGGGCAGGACCAUGGAGUGAAGUAGUGAGAGGUCGUACGCGGGAGUCCGUUCCCUCUGGUCCUCCUGAGAAUGUCUCUGCUGAAGCCGUGAGUUCGACCCAGAUCCUUCUGACAUGGGCUGCAGUCCCCGAGUCCGAGCAGAAUGGUCUCGUCCUGGGUUACAAGAUACUUUUCAAAGCAAAAGAUUUAGACUCUGAACCAAAGAGCCAAAUAGUAAGAGGUAACCACACUCAGUCUUUCCUGCUGUCUGGCUUGCGAAAAUACGUGGUCUAUGAGAUCCAGGUAUUGGCAUUCACUCGUAUCGGCGAUGGAGUCCCCAGCUUUCCCGCAGUUAUAGAAAGAACCAAGGAUGACGCCCCUGGGCCGCCCGUGAGGCUGGUGUUCCCUGAGGUGAGGCUGACAUCCGUACGGAUUGUUUGGCAGCCGCCGGAGGAGCCCAACGGAAUUAUUCUGGGGUAUCAGAUUGCCUACCGUCUGGCCAGCAGCAGCCCUAACAAGUUCACGACGGUGGAGGUUGGCUCAACAGUCAGGCAGUUCACUGCUACAGACCUCACCCCUGAGUCAGCAUACAUCUUUCGGACGUCUGCCAAGACCAGGCAGGGCUGGGGAGAGCCUCUGGAAGCCACAGUGAUCACAACAGAAAAAAGAGAACGGCCAGCACCUCCCAGACAGCUGAUGACUCCCCAGAGCGAUGUGUCAUCACGGAGUCUGCUGUUGAAGUGGGUCCCUGGAAGUGAUGGAUCUUCACCUAUACGAUAUUUUACAGUACAAGUGCGGGAACUGCCAAAUGGUGACUGGCAAACCUACUCCUCUUCCAUCAGCCACGAGGCAACGUCCUGCAUUAUUGAAAGCUUGAACCCUUUCACCUCUUACAAACUGCGAGUGAAAGCAACCAACGAUAUCGGAGACAGUGACUUCAGUGCGGAGACUGAGGCAGUGACAACUCUGCAGGAUGUUCCAGGUGAACCACCCAGUUCUGUGUUAGUAACUCCCCACACGACUUCAUCUGUCCUUGUGCAGUGGCAGCCACCCAAAGUUGAGAGUCUAAACGGCUUGCUGUUGGGAUACCGGAUCUACUAUCGGGAGCUGGAUUACGACCCUGGAUCUGGAACAGAAACCAAAACCAUCCAGAACCCUUCAGCUUUAAGAGCAGAGCUCACACCCCAAAGCAGCUUCAAGACAGUGAACAGCAGCUCUGCAUUAACGACGUAUGAAUUAACACAGUUGAAGAAAUACAAGAGAUAUGAAGUACUAAUGACAGCUUAUAAUGUAAUUGGUGAGAGCCCUACCAGCACACCAGUGGAAGUGUUCGUGGGUGAAGCAGCACCAGCGCUGGCCCCACAGAACAUCCAAGUAAACUCCCUUUCUGCAAGCCAGCUGGAGCUCACCUGGGACCCCCCUCCUGCCGACAGCCAAAAUGGGAACAUUCAAGGCUACAAGAUUUAUUACUGGGAGAGCGACAUCCAAAAUGACACGGAGAAAGUGAAGGUCCUUUUCCUCCCAGAGACAACUGUCCGGCUCAAAAACCUGACCAGCCACACGCGGUACAUGGUCUGCAUCUCUGCCUUCAACGCAGCCGGGGACGGCCCCAGGAGCAGCCCCUCGCAGGGCAGGACGCACCAGGCGGCACCCAGUGCUCCCAGCUUCUUGGCGUUCUCUGAAAUCACUUGCACUACACUCAAUGUGUCUUGGGGCGAGCCGACAGCAGCAAAUGGAGUCCUGCAGGGUUAUCGAGUAGUCUAUGAGCCUUUGGCUCCUGUCCAGGGGGUGAGUAAGGUGGUGACUGUGGACAUUAAAGGGAACUGGCAACGCUGGCUGAAGGUCCGAGAUCUCACCAAAGGCAUGACCUAUUUAUUCAGAGUGCAAGCCCGAACCAUCGCCUAUGGACCUGAACUGCAAGCCAACGUCACAGCUGGGCCAGCAGAAGGGUCUCCCGGCUCCCCUCAGGAAAUUCUGGUGACAAAAUCUGCUUCUGGGCUGACGCUACAAUGGACUGAGGGAGAUUCAGGAGAAAAACCCACGACUGGGUACAUUAUAGAGGCACGACCCUCGG